ACGUCUCUCUCUUCAAGAUCUUCCCUCUCUCUCCACUUCCAACAAACUCCUCGUUCCUCCCCAUCCAUCUUUAUAUAUUCAACUUUUUUUACUUAAUUCACUCUCCUCAACAACAGCUCCCAAAUUUCAUUUUAACCUCCAAGAACAUCACUAAUGGCUUCUCAAUCUCUCUCACUUCCAGUCCUCCUCCUCCUCUUCUCCUUUCACUUCUUUUCUGCCAAAAGCACCGACUUUCUGGUCGGCGACGAAGAUGGGUGGGCAGUCCCUAAUCCAAAAGAAGCCGACAGAUACAACAAAUGGGCCUCCCACAACAGAUUCAAUGUUGAUGACACCGUCCAUUUCAAGUAUGAGAAAGACUCUGUGAUGGAGGUGACAGAGGAGGAGUACAAGCAGUGCCUUUCUUCGAAGCCUCUGUUCUAUGACAACAAUGGGGACACUGUGGUGGGGCUUGACAGAGCAGGGCUGUUCUAUUUCAUCAGUGGGGUUUCAGGGCACUGCCAGAAGGGCCUCAGGAUGAUAAUCAAAGUGUUGGAGCCUCUCAAUCUCAGCCCUCCUCCAUCCCCCAACUCUACUGCUCCACCCCACAACAACAGCAGUGCUCUUGAUUUGCUCUCUGUUUCCUGUCCUGUUUUUGGGAUCUUCUUUGUGUUCUUUCUUUCCUUUCUUUUCAUUUGAAUGAUUUUGAGUUGGUACUCUUUAGAAUGCAGUUUCAGGGUUGGUUUUCUUGGGUUAGGUUGUAGAGAAGGGGUUGGUUUUUUGAUGAUCCAGAAUUUUUUUGAUUUUGUGACAGAGAGUGGUUUAUUUGCCUUCUUCUAGUGUUGUGAAUGAAUGAAAUGUGGCUUCUGUUCU